GUGUCGUAAACCAGGUGCAGAGAUGGCCCCGGAUAGAGCGGGCGGGGGCUGGUGGUGGUGGUGCGGUAAACAUGCUCAGCGACGCAGCGGUACAGAAUCAUGGCGGAUGGCCCCAGGUGCCAGCGUAGAAAGCAGACGAAGCCGAGGAGAAAUAGCGUGAGAAAUUUCUCAAAUGUGUCAGAAGCAGCUUCAGAUUCUGAUGAUGAAGAUAAACUCCAGAUUGUGGAGGAAGACAGUAUUCCUGACGUUUCAGAGGAAAAGCCAACAGUAUUCCAGCUCAGUGCAGCACAGCAGCUACACAAGGGACACACACUGAAUGAUGGCAACCUGGGGCCUGAUGCUUUGAUACAGGAAAUAAGGGUCAAAGAGGAGUGUGUAACAGAUGAAGAGGAUGAAGAAGGUCAGAUGAAUGAAACCCCAUGCCAGGGGAAGACAGGGGUCAUUUGUCCAGACAUUCCAGAGGUGGAACAGAGCAUGCCAGAGAGAGGAGUCCAUGAUGAGAAUGGUACUCCUGAUGAGUUCUCUCAGCUCCACUCAUGUCCAUACUGUUCCCGAGGGUACAAGCGUCACACAUCGCUGAAGGAGCACGUCAAACUGCGUCAUGAGAAAAGCAAGGAUGACUUCAGUUGCUCUCUCUGCAGCUACACUUUCACCUAUCGCACACAGCUUGACCGACACAUGAAUGCUCACAAAAAUGGAAGAGAGCAGAGGAUGGUUUCACAUUCAGGAGGAAACAGAAAGUUCAAAUGUACAGAGUGUUCUAAAGCCUUUAAAUAUAAACAUCACCUAAAGGAACACCUGCGCAUCCACAGCGGCGAGAAGCCUUAUGAGUGCUCUAACUGUAAGAAGCGCUUCUCCCACUCCGGCUCCUACAGUUCUCAUAUCAGCAGUAAGAAGUGUGUAGCAAUUCCCCCUGCUGUUAACGGCUUGUCUCACACUCCUGGAGUCAAAGCAGCUCUUACUCUGACUCACCCGACACGUAUCCUCUUGCGGGAGAAAGUUGACAUUGAUAACAAACCUUUAGAGGAACAUCUUCCUCCUAAGAAGAUUAAAGAAGAGCCUGAUGAGCAUGAACUUAAACCUGUCAGAACUACAUCGGUUGUUACUACAACCACCAUCACCACUACCAGCACUACUAAUAAUGGGGGUGGAAUUUCUGUUCAGUCUGCUGCUCCUCAGGGUGUGGUACAGACAUUAGUUCUACCUACUGUGGGUCUAGUUCAACCAAUUAGCAUCAACCUACGAGACCUCCAGAACAUGCUGAAAGUGGCAGUAGACGGGAACAUGAUGUGGCAGGCUGUGGCUAACUCAAAUGCUAAUGGAGCUAGUAGUAAGAUUGUUAAUCAAGGGCAGCCACAAGCACAAGCAAUGCUUGUGCAGUCUCCCCAUCCCCAUUUGCAGGUGAUUUCUGCAAUCUCUCUCCCUGUGCUGGAUCAGGAUGGAAAUUCCAAAAUUAUCAUAAACUAUAGUGUAGAUCCACAAAUUAGCACAUCAGAUUUGAACACAGCACAGUCUGCAUUUCCACAUCAAACUGUGGCCCAAGCAAAAGUGCCAGAGCCAAAUAUGGCUCCAGCAGAAGUGGGAAAGGUGAAUUCAACACAACGUCCAAAGGUGGCACAAACUAACACAACAAAGCCAAAUGUCAUUCCAAUCCAAAAACCACCCACCCCUAGACCAGUACCUGCACAAAUAAGUAUACUUAAAUCCACACAGUCAGCUGCUCCAAAUAAAGCAGCAUCCAUAAUAAAGGUCACAAAGCUGGUCCCCGGACAGACAAAGCAUACACAACCAGCAUUGUUGCUUUUAAGAACAGUCAGUGGGUCUCAGGGCCUGGUGGUGAAACAGUUAGCAGCCGUGAACCCACAAGUAACUCCAACUAUAGGAACUACGGAUCUGAAAUCAACCCCAGAAUGUACCAUCAUGGCAACAGAACACAAUUCACUUGAGCUGAACCAGGUUGCAGAAGAGACCAAUACCUCUAGGAACAACUGCCAGCCUGAAGAUCUGAGGCCCACUGUGCUACAAGGAAUUCAGCUCAAAACUGAAACAGAGUCUGAGAUUAAGACUGAAUGUUCCAAAGCUUUACAGGUAGAGAGAGAAAAGAAGAGAGAAAGGAAAGAGGGAAUGAUGGCUCAGAGUGAUUCAACAAUGGCUCACAGAAGUGUUGUUUGUGGUGAUGGCUUCCAUAAUUAUGCUACAUGUCUUUUUUGUGACAACAGCCCCAGCAGCACUGAUAUCCUGAAUUGUCUCAACAGCAAUGAACAAGGAUCUGACAGGUCUCUCUCUUCUUUGCUGGGGGAGGGAAACUUUAGAAGUGCAGAUCAGCCCCCAGUGAAGAGUCUCCUGCCCCUCCUUGAGGCAUACAGCAAAGAUUCACACCCCAGUGAAGAGCAGCUCUCUCGAGUUGCAGAAUUGGUCAGCUUGCCUGUGGAUGUGGUCAGUAGGUGGUUUCAAAGAAUGCGCUUAAAGAACAUACUACUCCACCACCCUGAAAAUCCCCAGAAUGGGCAACAGACUAUUGCAAACUCUCAACUAGAGCUCAGUAUGGACACCCAGACCCAAAUCCUGCACAUUCCAACUGAACCUCAAAAUGAGGAAUCAGUGGGCAAGAACAGUGACCCUCCUCCUCUAAACGUCUCAACAAAUGAUCUCGGCAUCAUAAAGACAGAGUAUCUGGAAGAGAAAGGGCAAGCCGAACCUUUGGAUCUCUCACUCCCAAAGUCCUCUUGUUGUAAUGGUAACACCUCUGUCACCAUUGCGGUGUCUGCCACCAAGUCAUCUGUCCCCACCCAAGAGGAACCGCUCAAUCUCACAUGUUUCAAGAAGGACACAUUGGAUGGCAACACCAUUUAUGUGACACAGUCCACCACAAGUCCGAUAAACAUCAUAGCCACACCUUUGCCAACUCUGGUUGCCAUAGCAGAGCCUUGUGGAAUUCCCUGCCUCAGAACUGCCAUCUCUACCAAACAGCGCACCAUCCUCAUUCCCCAGCUGUCCUACACAUACACUUCCCCUUCCACUAACGGCAAGGCUAACACCACCACUUCCUCCAGCAACAAGGCUAACACCAUCACCACACCACCAUCCACAGGCACACAGGGAACAGUACUCAACGGCUGUCAGAAGGAAAAGACUGAUGCUGGAGAUGAAUCCGUGUCUGGUUGGGAGGGGCUGAAUGAUAGCAACCUCUCCCCCAACAAGAAGAAGAGGAAGAUGCUUGGUGGCCAGUAUGCAUGUGACCUAUGUGACAAAAUUUUCCAGAAGAGCAGCUCUUUACUACGUCACAAAUAUGAACAUACAGAAUGGAACUGACCCAGAGGUAAGGCUGGCUUGUAGAUAAUUUUUCUAUGAUCAUAUGGUGAACCUCAUCCUACAAGAGCUUAAUAGGUUUGAGAUCUGGGGAUUGUGCCGGCCAGGCCAUUAAAGACAGUAUGUCAGCUGCCUGUUUCUUUACCAAACAUUUUUUGCAUAUCUUACCAGUUUGCUGUGGAUCUUUGUUCUGCUGCAUGAUGAAAUUUGCAUACUUGAAGCACUGGCCACACUGGAUGUAAUGUCGGAUAUGCACUUUGCCACCAUUACACUGCCUCCACCAUGCUUGACAGAAGGUGUCAAAUCCCAAAUAUGUUCUCUUUGAUCCAAACACCACAAAUUAGACUCAUCCAUUCAUAAUACUGAUUUGCAGUUAUCUAAUGUCCAAAUACUAUGCUGUUUGAAUCUUUUGUUUUAAUUUGCUAAAUAUGACAAUUUAAAUAUGACUAUUUAAGAAAACAUCCAGUUGAGGACCUGUAGAGCAGUAUUUUUUUGUGCGGUUGUGCACCUGAUCUUUAUACUUCUUUUUUUAAAUCUAUUUAGAUCUUAUUUAGAUCCAGUUUGCCCACUUUUCUCAAGACAGUAGCAGACACUUUUUGUAUGAAAUCUUAAAUUUCUUGGCAAUCUGACACAUGUAAUAGCCUUCAUUUUGCAACCAACAAUAUAUUGUCAUGUUUCUUUUCUGAGAUUUUUUUUUAUUGUCUUUUUUUUUUUUUUCUUUCAAGAAAGAUACAGUUGCAAUUGGGCAUCAAUUAUAGAAACAAGGGGCCAACAGGGGCAUUGUCAUGCUGGAACAUGUUUGGGCUAGGCAGUGAAGGGAAAUCUUAAUGCUACAGCAUACAAAGACAUGCUAUAAAAUUGUGUGCUCCAAAAUUUGUGGCAAUUUUGAGAAAGGUAUGAUGGUCAGGUGUCCACAAACUUUUGGCCGUAUAGUGUACAAUACUGCUAAGUUUCUUAAUAAGUUUUAUUUUGGUCACUUUCAAAUGUAGAAUUGAAAUUGGGGGAAAAAAUGGAUUUCUUCGAACUUGGUGAAAAAUGUGAAUGUAUAUAUUCAAAUAACAGCAGUAGCAACACACACAAUGAAAAGUACCUUGGAUUCAGCAAAGUCAGACUGAAUCCAGGACAUCUGAACCCUUUGCAAUAUAUACCUCUUGAAGAGGAAUUAUCACCCAUCACCCUAAAAAAAAACAAAAACAAAAAAAAACACAAACAACAAACUGAGCCAGGACACAUUGGGCUUAGGACAAUACCAGGUCAACACUUAACUAGUCUGACCACGCUACUUCAGGUUUAGUAGUUUUAAGCUUAAUUUAAACCACUGUCAUAUCAUCUCAGGUAGUUUUUCCUUUCCACCCUAGCCUCUGGCUUGCUUAUUAGGGAUAAAUUCAUAAAUUUAAAAUUUAUAUCCUGAAUUUAGAUAUUUCUAUAAAGCUGCUUUGUGACAAUGUCAAUUGUUAAAAACGUUAUGCAAAUAGAAUUGAAUUAAUUGAAUUGAAUUGUACUUCAGGUUCACUUCAACACAACAAGUUUCAGUUACCUGUUUGCUAGGAGAGGAAUGCUGUGAUAGAUUGUGCAACUGUUUGUAGGGUUUGCCUUAUUAUAUUCCAAUAAGGCACACGUGAAAAGCACCACUGAUUGACCAGAGCCAGAUUGUACCCAGAGCAUCUAAAGCCUUUACAGUAUAUAUCUCUUGAACUGGAAUUAUAACCCACAUGUAAAUAUUUGAUAUGUUUUUGACUGAGAUAGUCCCUUUAAAUCUACUCCUGUUCCCGUCCUAUAAUUGGCUCAACUUCCUGAUUUGAUUUAACAUCUUGGUAUAAGUGGGAAUAUGAGGCCAGACCAUUCCUUGUGACUGCAAUGACUGGGAUAUUGUGGUAAAAGCUUGGCAGUCUUAAGACAUGGAAGAGAGGAACCUGAAGUGUUUGGGUUGAAAUCACACCAGAUGAAAACCAACUUGUUCAGCAGACUCUGUAAUUUCUUAUGUAUACCCACUUUGAUGCUUUUUUGGCCAUAAAGAAUCACAUAAAAUCAGACCCCUCUCAUUUGAAAGAAUGCCCAGUAGUAGUGCCAUCCUGCCUUAGGGAGAAUUUCCCGUCACUGAAUCUCACAUCAAAUUAAUAAUGGCAUACAGUAUCCAUCUUAAAUUUGAAAUAAAAGCUUUUGAAAAUAAACUUGUGUUGGGGAGGAAGACAUUUGGAAACAUCACAUCGAAAAAGAGCUAUGUAACAGUGAAACUGAAAUUAUGAUUUAAAAUCAGACAAGAUACACAAAAAGACAGUUUACCUGAAAACACAAGGUAAAAUCAAAGACAAAUCACUGUUAAGGUGACAUCCUGUGUGUGUGUGUGUGAAGUGUCAUCAUACACUAUACACCCUGUACAAUAAUUUCCUUCAUUUGUGAUAUAACUGACUUUAAUGGACAGUGUGAAUGCAACUGUGCAAAUGUCCUGUACAACCUCCUUUCCUCCUUCAGUCACUUCUGUAAGUGUGGAUGUGGGAAGAGCUUGCUUGCCUACAAGGGCCUUUUAAUAAUUCUUUUUUUCUCAGUUCCUGUUUAAUGAUCUGUUAUAGUGGAUGUUACAGUAGCUCCGGGAAUGCCAUCCAUGAAUCUCAUAAACUUCCUCCAUGACUGGGUUUCCUUUGGAGAGUUGUUAGCUCCUCUAGCUUCUCUCGAACUGGUUGCUAUCGCCUUCUUGUGCUGUUCAUUGACCUAUGAAGUCCAUUAUGUCAGGUUCAGAAGGACAGGACCCACAGCUACAUUUUCCUUGGUCUGUUUGGGUUUGAUGGAAACUUAAAGGCACAUACAAACAGAGAGUUGCCCCUCCCUUUGUCCCCAUAUGUACAUAUAUACAUUCCUCAUAUACAUCAUCAGUCACAUGGAAAAAUUUAACUGUUGAAGUUAUAUUUAACAUAUUAUGAACCUUCUCCAAAUCAUCAAACAUUUUCUUCAGUUCAGCUAGCAACUACUUAUGCCUGAUCUACAGUCCUGCUGUCCAAGCAGUAAUGUGUCUAACAAGGUAUGUGUGGACUCCUCUUCUUGCUGUCCUUUCAACAAUCUCACCUCAGUUUCUAAACUGCUCAAUUUCUUAAGCGGUCUUGAUAUGCCAAACCUCUUUUGUGUGAAGUGUGUGUGUGUGUGUGUGUGAAAAGUCUUGCUGUGUGCCCCAUCUUCCCACAUGCACAACAAACAAUACGUUGAUUGGGUCUCCUGUUGUCUGUGCAGUGUCUUGCUUUGUGGCUAUCCUUUCCACCUUUAUAACAAAUUACAGCUUCCCCUAAACUAACUGUUAAAAAAACUUUUGGGUCUGUGAUGGAAAUUGCAGACUGAUUUAGAAAAUUUCUUCUUUCAUUGUCUGCUUUCUGAGGUAGCAACUAGAUUUCUCAAUUCUAAAGCUCUUUUCUGAGUGGUCAAAUUGAAGUGCUUUGUCAUUUCUGAAAUUAUUUCCUUUUAUAGUAUGGUAUGCAUAUAUGGACUAGUCUGCGGAAUUAAUGCAGACGUAAAUGUGAGGUGUUGCUGGGUUGCAUUUAACGUUCCACUGUAAACAAACACUUCCCACAACUUUGAUGCAUAUGAUACAGGGUGCGCCCCUGGUUGCAUUGUCACCUCGGUUGUUUUUCUCCAGUUAACUAAAUCAGUCCUAAGAAGUCUGAGCAGAGUCUCUCUCCAUGUCUUUGUCUGCUGUUCUGUUAAGAACAUGAGGAAGGCAAGACAUAAGCAGUAAAGAUGCAUCCAAAUCAGACAAAUUGUAUAGAUUUACCACAUACUCUAGAUUUGACAUAAACUCUGUUGGAUGUCUCUGAAAUCAAUUAUUUGUAUAGUGCUUUUAACAAUGGACAUUGUCACAAAGCAGCUUUACAGAAAUAUAUAAAUUCCAGAUAUAAUUAAAAAAUUUAUUAAGUAUGGAGAAGUAUGCAAAGCAGAAUAUUUUUGGAGGCGAUCACUCAUGCCUAUAUAAUCAGGAGCAUGUGUGGAGCAUUAGUUGGAAGUUUAUUCAUAACAUAUUUGAAGGCAUCUUGAGCAUGGUGAAGAUUACAACAUGGUCAGCUGCUGUCACGCCUGCUCAGAUCACAUUUUGUUGUUUUCGUUUAUUUUUUGCACUUUCCCUUACUUUUGACUCUUUUCUUUUCACCACGGCUAU